GUUGGGCCGUAUGGCGGUGAGAUGCGGUGCGGAGCAGGGAAAAAAAAAUGGUCCCAAUUCUGCUGGAAUCCGGGGGCGGUCGCUAAGGCGGCUCGUCGUUGAUUGGGUGUGUGAAUGGGGGGGGAAAUUGAUGGCGAUUUUUCCCCUGGUCCGUCCGCAUCGCGAUUGAUCGCUCCUCCGCCCAUCGCUGGCCACUCUGCACCUCGCUCGCUCGCUCGCUCUCCUUGGCCAUAUUUGCUUCAAUUGCAGUCGCUACUGUGCCCAUGAAAGUCAUUUACAAACAUUCCCAUGCUAGCUCCAAGGCCAGCUCUCUCUGAAUACGUCAAGCUCGAUCGAAUGUGUCGAAGCGGGGCCGUCUGUAUUUUGCAACCCAAUCUCAUUCUCAGACCUCGAAUCCGGCUAUCAUCUCACCCGAGAUCUUACCAUCGUUCGUAUUUAUUGUAUCAGGCUCGUGAUAGCACAUUGCGCUCUGAAAUGGGGACUGAAGGUGGCUUCGAGCGCGGCUCUAACGGGACUGGUCGUGGUGGUCCUAACAAGUCCAACAAUAAUGGCAAUCAUGGCAAUCCCAACAACCCGGCUCCCUGGAGACCUUAUCGUGGUCGUUGGAGCUCGAAGACUACACAUGCAGACCAACCUGGCACGCAAACACCAGGCAACACAUCGCAAGAUCGACCACGAAGAAACGGCCCACGAAGAAACAAUAGACCAGCCGAUAGACGACCAAAGCAACGCCAUGGAGCGAUCGCGCCACCUCAUGGGGCUGCGCCAUUGCAGUCACCUCAAGGACAGGUUGCGACAAGCCAUGCCGGUUCCAUGGGCAAUGUCAAUAGCACGAACCCGCCUUUCGCUUUUCCACCUCCACCAGGUGUCAUGAAUGCAAAUGGCAGUGCAAUCCCUCCGCCGCCGUUUCUGAUGCCGAAUGUAUCGAACCCACAGAAUUCCUUCACACAAAAUAUGCCGGAUCAACGACCACUCUUGCCACAAAAAAUGUCUUUUCAGCCGCAGCAACAGUUUACACCCAUGUUCAAUCCUUCCUCAUACCCUUCAUUUGGGAUCCCGGAAUCGUGGAAUGAUUUCACAAAGUUUACGAGCCAGCUACUACCUAUGCCACCCCCCCCUUUGAUGAACAUGGGAAUGCCGAACCCAUUGUUAGCGAUGUCAAUGCUCGACCCUUUCGCCUUUCGUACACCUUUCACCCCGGAAUCAGCCCCUAGCCAGGAGCAGCCGCAGCAGCCGCAGCAGCCGAAUAAACGUCGAUCCCCUUCUUGCGAGCCACUAGAACCUCCAUCUCCCACGGCAGAAUAUCUCCAGCAAUCAUCUCUUCCACCGAAGCGAAACGGUUCUUCGAAACCCCUCCUCGUCAUCCUUGACCUGAACGGCACACUUGUCCACCGCAAACAUCGCAUGUUUCCACCCUCUUUCGUUGAACGCGCCGGCUUGAAGAGUUUCCGCCGGUGUCUCCUAGCAAAGUACAAGGUCAUGGUCUGGUCGAGCUCGCAACCCUUCACGGUCCAAAACCUCUGCAACAGAAUCUUCCCGGGCACCACCCGGAAAGAGCUCGUCGCCGAAUGGGGCCGCGACAAGUUCCCGCUCACGGGCUCGCAGUACCGAUCCAAAACCCAGGUCUACAAGACUUUGGAUACGGUCUGGCGCGAUCCGUCGAUCCAGGCGUCGUAUCCCAGUUUCCGCGGGAAGAAAUGGCAACCGACGGAGACACAGGUGUGGGAUCAGACGAACACCAUCCUCAUCGACGACAGCAAGCUCAAAGCCAUCUCGGAGCCGUACAACAUCCUGGAAAUACCCGAAUUCACGGGCGACCGGGGUCCGGGCGACAAUCAAACCCUCACCAGAGUGCUAGAGCUGCUGGAGGAAUUGUCCAAGUAUGACGAUGUCAGCCAGACGCUGCAUCUCUGGAGCAAGACCCUGGAGGAGACCGGGAAGACGUGCAUCCUCGAUAUCUUGGACACCCUCCCGCGAGGCCCCCAGCCGCAGACUCCCAUACCCCUGGCACCCGGGGCGACCCGCGUCGAGCGUCGCAGAGCCCGCAAGCAGGAGAAGAAAGCCGCCCGAGCUGCUGCGGCGGCCAUCUCGACUUCCUUCACAACCCCAGCCCCAGCCCCGGCCCCGGCCCCGGCCCAAGCCCCAGUAGCCCCAGCUCCAGUCCGCUCCCCGUCCCCCGCCACAUCCCUCGAUUCGGAGCAUCACUCCCUCUCCCCGGAUCCAUCCGUCCGGUCCGAUACUCAAAACGAUCUCCUCGAUAAACUGGAGGCAUCGCUCGAUCGUCACGAUUAAUAGCCGUCCUCAGAAGGGGGGAGGGCGAGUGUUGUUUGUACGGCUCAGCAUUUCAUCAAGACCAGAUGGUACAUAAUGGCCGUUUCGGCUCUUGUCCUGUCAUCUCUGUAUGUGUAUCUGAGAAAAGAUAUAGCGCGGUGUCCUGGAGUGUAUGUGUGUGUGUCAUUUGUCUGCGAACUUUGUUACACCUGUUUGAUGUAAAUUUUGCCUGAUAACUACAUAGAGAAGUGCAUGGGAACUCAAUUGAUCUUCAUCUCAUCUGCC